AUGCUUCAAAGUUUUGGACAACUUGAAAAUGUUGAUUUAAGUUAUAAUGAAUUAAUUGAAUUAAAUUCUGCAGCAUUUUGGGGAAGUAUUCGACUUACAAAAAUAUUACUUGGAAAUAAUAAUUUGAGAAAAAUUUCGAAAAAUACUUUUAAAGAUCAAGUAAAUAUAUUAUUUAAAAAUUAA